AUGGAGUACUUGGAAACCAUCAAUCCUGAUGAUGGGUCUGGGAAGUUGUUGCCAAAAGAAACAACUGGUCCUUCGAAGAAGUCUCGCAAGUCAAAGAAGGAUGUAACAAUUACUCCUGAGAAACCAGUACAAGAGCCAAAGAAAAAGACAUCACCACCGAAACAGACGAAGGCAGAUGCACAAGUUUCGACUGUUGUGGUUGACCCACUUUCUGAUGGUUCAUUUAAGUCUUCUUCUAUGGUUCGAAAACCAUAUCUGAAUCACCAAUGCAUUUUCAUUCGUAAAGUUCCAGCUCCUGUUUCUCCUUCUUCCAAGAAACGAAGAGUUGAAGAUGUUGCUACUCACAUUUCAAAGAAGAAACUAAAGAAAUGA